GGAAGGAUAAGGAGGAAGAAAACGGAGAACCGGAGCAGGAUGACGGUGGUGGGGCAACAGUUGGACAACUGGAAAGACUACAGGGGAAUGGCGACCAGGCGGCAGACAGUUGCGUUGUCAGGAGUGUCGGAAGGAACUGUCGUGACGACACGAGCUCUCGUCAAUCCGCCGUCAGUCGCGGAAAGCAGGGAGACCAGUGCCGUUCGCGCGAUUCGCGCGCCGAUUCCUCCUUCGUGGUGCAGCUUACGUCGUGCACCUGUCAAGUCCUCGGCGGGUAUUUACGAGCGAUCGCCCGAUGUGCCACGUGCGCCUUCGGCAUGAUGGGAAUGUUCAAGUGGCUGAAAAAGGAUACCACCCAAAGAAAUCGAAAUAGGGGUGACACAACUCAAGAGCAAAGUGGCCUUAACAACCAAUCUUACCGUAAUGCCCUUCAAGCUUUCAUAGAUCGACGACGAACUUCCGACGUAGACAUCGAGGCAUCCUGCAGUCCCGACAAGAAACGGUCGGACAAACUUCUUUUGGUGAAAAAUAACAAAAACAAAUGCGACAACGAGUGGAAAUCGCAGGAAUCAAAGUCAGUUAUACCUGGUCUACCAUAUGUACCAGCUCCUCAGAUUUUUGAGAUUGGAUGGGUGGCUGGCACCGAGGAUCGAUACCUCGAGCUGAUCUUCGCCGAGUGGCAAAACACCCGAGUUUCACUGAAGAGGUAUUCGCAUCCGGAGUGCAAAGCAGCUGUGAAGGCAGACUUAGAUGUACUUUCAGAAAUUCGGCAUCCCAACGUGGUGCUGUUAAUGGCCAGCACCUUCACGGACGAGCACGGCGUGAUCUCCAUUUUCGAAUCCAUCGAUUGCACCCUCUAUCAUUACAUACACGAUCAGGGUGAACGAAUAUCCAUACAAAGUAUCUUGAAGUGCGGAAUAAGACUGUCCGAUGCCUUAAGACAUUCUCACAUGCGCGGAUACGUGCACACUGCCAUCAGCUCGCAUUGCGUCUAUUUGGCUUCUAGUGGUGUCGUGAAACUGGGUGGAUGGGAACUGGCCAUGCAUAUCAACGGUCCGAAACCAGAAAGAGAAUACGAGGACCGUUUGCGAGCCGAGAUUUUUCGCUGGCAGGCGCCGGAACUUUUUCAGAGUUACGAACCAUAUAGAGAGAGCGAUGUGUACGGACUGGCUUUAAUAAUUUGGGAAAUGUGUACAAUGCACGUUCCAUGGAGUGGAUAUAGCAAAGCAGACGUAGAAAGACAGUACAUGCAUUGGAAGCGUGGUGUUAUUAUGGACUUGUAUGAUUUUCCAUCAUUGCUGUACAAUUUACUGGAUGCUGGACUACAGUUAGAUGUUAAUAAAAGGACAUUGGAUAUGAAUAGAAUGCGUAGAUUUCUUCAGAAAUUGGAGAUACAAUAUGAGAAUGAGGAGCCAAUUUACAUCGACCACUAUAUAAAUAAUAAUAACGAAGUCGGAAACACUUAUAUCUUGCAAAGGAAGAAAUCUCCUAUGUUGAAGAAUAAAAGUUCAAAACUGACCAAGAACGUCUCGGCCAAGCAGUUACCUCAAUAUGCGAUAAGUCCGGACACAGCACCGAGACAUUUGUAUUCAAAAAUAUCAAUGUCCAAACAGAAUACAAGUCAAAAAGUAGCAGCCGACGUCGAAGAAAUAAAUUUCUUUACUGAUGACAUUAAAGGCAACACCAAGAACGACGUGCAGAAAGAAAACAUUUAUAACAGUAUACAAAAUAACUGUAAGAAGAUCAACUAUUCGAGACGAUCGGAAGUCCUGGAUAUUGAGAACGAAGAAUUUAUUGCGCAACAGAAUUCACAACCGUGGAGCAACACCUACAAAAAGGUCAAAGCGCCGCAGGAAAUGACAGAGUCCGGGACAACUUCCGUCUACUCGUCGCCAUUGUUAGAAUCCACGGACGACGAAUCCUUCAAAGAUGCAAGAACUAAUUUAAAACAGCUGAAAAAAAUAUUGGCGAACAGAAGAGAACAUUUCUUCUACGGCAGUGAUUCGUCGUGCGCGUCUACAGAUAUAGGUACAUGCUCAACCAGUAAAUUGCUUAUUGAUACAAAAAGUAAAGAUUACGAACCACAUAAGCCAGCUAGCCACAAAACUAGCUUAGAACCAAAAUACCGUAAAUCUCCCACUCCGUACGAUCCGAUUUACUUGAAGUCAACGUUACAGCGAUGUCAUAAGACUGCCUGUUUACAUGAAGAUAUUAAAAACGCAAUAAUGCAACCACGAGUAUUAAAUUCCGAUCCCCAAAACUUUUUCGAAACAUCACUGUGGAGGAAAGAGAAAUUGAUUUGCUUGUCUAAAAUGAGAAAAAUAUGUAGCGAUGAAUCUCCACGUUUCUUUGAACAACAGAUGGACGACAGCGAAUCUUAUGCUGAAGCUACGACUAAAAAUGAAACAAUAGAAUCAAUUUCUUUUAAUAGCGACAGUACUUAUGUCAUAAAGGAAAACUCGGAAGAAACCAAUCAAGAAGGAGGAUGUACACAAGUAUUCGAAAAUACAAACAAGUCAAUAACGCUGACCGGCUGUCAGAGCGAAUCCUUGCAAAAUUUAAAGGAUGCUUUGGACCGAGCUGCAAAAAUUGUACGCUCCAUUUCUCCAAAUAGUAACGAUUCCUGUCCGUCUCCUUCAUUCAAAUACUACCAGGACUUUGAAGUAAUGAUGGACGAUAAUCAAGACAGGAAGCAGCUUUUCGAAAAUCUGUACGAUUUAGAAAUUAGCGACGAUGACGAAAUUAAAAGUAUUGAACGUUUAGUGUCAAAAGAUGAAACGUUUUUGUUUGAUAAGCCUAAUCCAGACAACACGAUAGCUAAUGAGGAAAUACAAGAGUCUAGUAAUAAUAUCAUUGAAAACUAUUCGUACAACGCAGGUAGCAGAAAUUUUGUUUGUGAAUCAAUCGCCGAAGUGUCAGGUGAAUUGAACAUUUCCCAUGAAAAACAGACUGAAUCUUCGAACAAUAAAGUAAUUAGUACGGAAGAAAAUGCUGCAGUAUCAGAAGCUGCACAAAAUUCUGAAACAUCUGUUAAGGAGAACGACGGCGACACUAAAACAGAAAUUAAGCAGGAGGAACAGAAGUCGACUUUUGAUUUCUUGUUUACGAACGAUAGUAUAAAGAAUAGAAACUGCAAAACGUGUCGUCACAGCACGCUAUCAAGGCGGCGUUCUUUACCAGCAGCACUGAGCCAAUUGAGAAUAUCUGGCAACUCGAGUUUAGGAAAGUUGCCUAUACGCAAAGGGGACGUUCAAGAAAAUACAGUCGAAGAUUUAUACAUAGACGAUGAAUUUGGCGAUAGUUUGAAUAUAAAUAUGGUUUUGUUACAUCAAGAUUUAGUUGACGAGGAUUUCUUGUCCGAAAUAUCAAAUCUAUAGAAUAGUAU